AUGCCUAACAGUACCUUCACAGCGAUUGACUACGCAGUCCUUAUUGGGUCUCUGAUGGUACCAGUUAGCAUUGGAACGUACUAUGCCUGGCUCGACCGCAAAAGGACAACAAACAGAGAGUUUCUGAUUGCAAGCCGGCAAAUGGGAUGGUUUCCGGUCUCGCUUUCGAUGGUGGCCAGUUUUCUAUCGGCCACAUCAAUGCUUGGCCUGCCGUCUGAAGUGUUUGUCCGCGGCUCAGUUUUGUGGAUCGGUUCCAUAUGUGCCUGCAUUGCGAUAGUGGUGGCGGCCUUCGUCUUUCUCCCUGUGUAUUACAACAUGGACCUCACCAGCAUUAAUGAGUACUUGGAGAGAAGGUUCAGCUCCACUGCUGUCAGAAACCUGGCAUCAGCUUUAUUUAUUAUUCAAACGCUGCUGUACAUGGGCAUUGUGCUUUAUGGUCCAUCACUCGCUCUCGGUUCCGUGACCGGUUUGCCCGUGUGGAGCGCUAUUCUUUUAAAUGGAUUCGUUUGCACAUUCUACACGGCAGCAGGCGGUAUGAAGGCUGUCGUGUGGACGGACACGGUUCAAAUGGCCCUCAUCUAUACGGGAUACAUCAUGGUCAUUGCGGCAGGUGUUCACCACAGCGGAGGCUUCAACGCUAUCUGGCGGACCGCCCGAGAUGGAGGGAGGCUAGUAUUCGUCAACUUUAGUGUGAGCCCUUAUGAGACAUACACAACAUGGAACUGCAUUAUUGCCGGGACUUUGAACUGGCUGGCAAUCUACUGCGCCAGCCAAACGCAAAUCCAACGUUACUCAAGUAUCAGCUCUCUCAAGCACUCCCGAUGGGCCCUGCUUAUGAACAUUCCCGGUGUGGCACUGGUGUAUAUUCUGUCCGUGCUAUCAGGACUGAUUCUUUAUGUUGUAUACCACGAUUGUGACCCCCGGCUUACCGGAGACAUCUACAAAGCUGACGAGCUGAUGCCACAUGCAGUGCAAACAGUGCUUCAGGGCUAUCCCGGACUCGCUGGUCUCUUCGUGGCAGCUGUCUUCAGUGGCUCCCUUAGCACGCUAUCAUCCGGCUAUAGUGCACUCGCGGCUCUGACAUGGGACGAUUUUGUGCGACCCAGGGUAAACAUAAGUGAUGUGGCUGCUCUGAGACUCUCAAGGUGCAUCGCUGCUGCAUACGGCUUGCUCUCAAUUUCUGUCGCUUUUCUUGCUGGAAGCAUGGAGUCCAUUGUGCAUGCUACUGUAUCGCUACAAGGAGCACUGUACGGUCCACUGGUAGCUCUCUUCGCUCUGGGAAUGUUUGCUCCGUGCUGCAAGAAAAAGGGUGCGCUUACCGGAACCAUACUGGCCGUGGGGACAUCAGUAUGGCUGGUGAUGGGUGGCAUAGUUUACCCACGUAGGUGGGAUGCCUUGCCGACAUCUACUGCCGGAUGCUCAAAUUUCAGCGAGACAGUCACCAGUGGUUACAACGUUUCAGCAAUGACACCAAGGGGACUCUUCCGGUUUUACCACAUCUCCUUCAUGUGGGUCAUUCCUGUUGGUUUCCUUGUGCACGUCAUCGUUUCGUUGGUCGUCAGCACCAUUUUCGAGAGGAACACGAGUGAGCAUGUCGACCCCAAGUACGUCUGGCCGUUCGUUCGAUCAUGCAUGAUGAAGCCCACGCCCCGAAUGCCGGGCAAAGAAGACGUGCUCAUGGAACCACUUUCAAAGUUGUCUGAAUGA